GGUGGGAAUGGGGGGGGAGGGGAGCAGAAAACAGAGGUUGAAAUGACCUGUGCAAAAGCCAGCUAUCCCAGGGCGCAUUUGACCACACCACGGGAGAGCUCAUCCUAUCCCUUCCGUGCGUACAAAGGCGCCAAUCCCUCCCGUAAAGGAAAGAUACCUGGUAACUACCACUUUCCCGCCUACAGUUUAGUGCACUGUAGGAUUCCUACAAUCGCCACCGCCGUAGGUCUGGCAACCGUAAGAAGACUCCUUGGAUCACAGAAAGAUUACACGCUCCCACUCUUGUGAAACAGGGGACCCUGGCUCACAACACAUCCAAUACUAGAAAAAGAGUGCUGAACAGGGGCCUGUGAAGCUAAAACUCCGGGAAGGGGCAUCCUUUUUACUCUGUGGGGUAAACGGUCCCUCUAAAUUAGGAUUCCAUCUGUGCCGAAGGUGGGUUCUCGUACGGCACGGGACACUGGGCUCGAAGAGAGGAGGUCCGCACCAAGAGACACACACCCCCUACCCUUCUGCUAUGUGCUACAGAGUUGCAGUUCCCCUCCAUUUUACACUAAAAUUCAAAAGCGGGGACGGCGGAAUCUUCUGGAAAGGGGCUAAAAUGAAACUCGGGAGGCGGGGGUCGGUGUGGAAAAAGCAGAUGGAUUAUUUUUUCCUCUCGUAGCGAAUGAGGAGCGCCUCCGGCUUACCCCCCCUAUUAGACCCCUGAAAACGCACAUGCGCACUUGGGUGGCGGGCGGGUACUUAAGGCGCGGCCACCGCGGCUGCGGCAGUGCGCCCAACAGCGGACUCCGACAGACCAGCGGCCCUCGGCGAACCCGCAGCCUUCGGCACACUCACUCUCGACGCCCCACUCUCGGAACCAUGGCGGCAGUGGCAGUAGCAUCGGCUGAACUGCUCAUCAUCGGCUGGUACAUUUUUCGCGUGCUGCUGCAGGUGUUCCUGGAAUGCUGCAUUUACUGGGUAGGAUUCCCUUUUCGAAAUCAUCCAGGGACCCAGCCCAUUGCAAGAAGUGAGGUGUUCAGGUACUCCCUGCAGAAGCUGGCGUACACCGUGUCGAGGACCGGGCGGCAGGUGCUGGGAGAGCGCCGGCGGGCCCCCAACUGAGGCCCCAGCCCCCAGCCCUGGGCGGCCUUGUCACCAGGUGCUCCUGUGCAUCUCACCCAGCAUGGGAGCCAGUGCUGCCCGGGGAUGGGGGGUCCCCUGUGCUCUCGCGCCAGAGGAGCACUUGCCAAGGUCAGUGAGGGGCUGGCAGGCCUCCGGAGAAGCAGUACCGCUAUGACGACAAUACCAGAUCCCUUCCGAGCCCCCUUUGCACCCGUCCCACUGCGGGGCGGGGGAGAGGGAGGAGGGGGGAUGGAGGGAGCAGACCUCCGAGAUUUGGGCACAGGCAUUCUGAUCUGGACCAAGCUGGAACAGCGAUAUCCAGCCCCACAGCCAUGGCCAUGCCAGCAGGCCCACCACAGAGAUCCAGACAACCACGCCGGCCAGCAGAAUGGACCUUCCAACACCACCAGCUGAAGCCCUGAAUCUCUGAGCAGCAGACAAGGAGCCAACUACAUGCCUGUGUGGCGGGACUGUAGGGCGUGGGUGAGGGAGGAUGAUGGUUAAGAAACAGAGUGGGGCCCUCUCACUGUCCCUUGCCUAUGGCAUGUGCAUUCCAGCCCUGCUGCCUUUGCUCCCUCAAUUCUCCCUCACUGCCUCCCAAGCCCACCCCACCCUAAAAAAAUGUGUCACUCAAUUCGGACCUAUUCAACCAGUAAAAGAAUCCCAACUUGACUAAAACACCUUCUCCGAUCCCCCAGCCUGUCACUGAUCUUUUUCCCUGGUCUCACGCAAUUGUGGUCAAUAUUGUGGUAAUUGCUAAUUGUAAUGAUUGUGUAAGUGUGCAUUAGUUGUGUUUCCCCAGCUAGAUUGUAAGCUCCUGGAGGACAGGGACCACCUCUACAAAAAAUAAAAAAAGUACCUCCCCCGUCUCGCACAGUGUCCUCGGACCCUGCGGGGCGGUGCAGGUGCACCAAAAAGUUCUCUCUUGUGGUUUCUUUUGUGGCCGCCAUAUAUAUAUCUUAAGACUGGGUUUAGGUGCCCAUUGUGGAGUGAGCAGGCUCCUUCAGAGAGGGAGGGCAGGAGGGGGAGGCAACAAAACAGUAACAAAUUGGGACCCUCACACAGCCAGUUCCAUCUCAACACUGUCCUGAGAUGAAGGAUCAUACCCCCUUCCCCUAAGAGAAGUCCUCACUAGUGGUCUCGGAAUAAGAGAUCACUACCCCCUCCCAGAGGAGUGGGUGCCUUCACCUGUCCUGGGAAAGGGGCCUUGGCAGGUAAUCACCGGGAAAGAUGGGCGGAGGCAAAUGGUGGGAGUGGCCUUCAAAAUGGGGUACUAGUGACCAAUGGGAGGGUGAUCGGAACUUGGUUUUGGCAGGUGAUCACUGGGAUAGAUGGGCGGAGGCAAAUGGUGGGAGUGGCCUUCAAAAUGGGGUACUAGUGACCAAUGGGAGGGUGAUCAGAACUUGGUUUUGGCAGGUGAUCACUGGGAAAGAUGGGCGGAGGCAAAUGGUGGGAGUGGCCUUCAAAAUGGGGUACUAGUGACCAAUGGGAGGGUGAUCAGAACUUGGUUUUGGCAGGUGAUCACUGGGAAAGAUGGGCGGAGGCAAAUGGUGGGAGUGGCCUUCAAAAUG